UAAAUCAGUUGGACAGGGCGGGACACCUGUUAAGUACUUGGACUGGCACAUACAAAUCACGCAGAGGAGGCGGAGCACGUGUAGAGCAUUCGGGUGGGGCUGUGUGCGGGAGGCGCCGGCUGGCGUCACUGUUAGGUCCGUGGGCGGUGGGAGCAGGGCUGCCCGGAGCGCCCAGUCACCCAUGGAGGCGGCGGUCGGAGGUUCCGAGCGGCCCCCAGCGGCCUGCCGCUUCUUCCUGGAGGGCCGCUGCCGCUUCGGGGCGCGCUGCCACCAGCCCCACCCCGGAGCUCCCGCGCCGCCGGCCGGGGAGGCGCAGCCGGAGGCUGGGGCCAAGAAGCCGGCGCUGCGCACGGCCGCCGACGUCAUCCAGCGCAUCCGCUGGGACCCGCUCCUGGACCCCGCCGACUUCACAGUGGGCUACGCCGACCGCUUCCUGGGCGUGCUGGAGGAGCCCUUCGGCGCCUUCUGCUGGGACGAGCCAUUGGCGGCGCUCGGGCCCGGGACGCUGGCCGUGCCGCAGCACCGCGUGCGCUACUUCCGCUUCCGCGGCCGCCUGGUCUGGGACCGGGACUCGCGCACAGACCUGGUGUUCGGCUCCGGGCGCGCGGCUGGCCGGGGACCCACCAUCCUGGACGCGCUGGUGGGCCGGGACGCGCACGGCACCGAGGACUCACAGGACCGGGAAGAGAACCCGCCCGAGGCGGAGCUAGAGAUUAGGGCUCCGCCUGAGGGUGGAAACCCCCAGGACGCCCCUAAGGAAGAGGGUGGAGGCCUGGCCAGGCCAGGGCUACAGUCAGGACUGGAGGCGCCGAGAGAGGCCCAGCUGAGCUUGGCCACGGACUCUGAAACACAAGACCCAAGGGAGCGCCUGGCCAGAGCCAGAGAGAGGAUCUCGGAGCCUGAAGAGACUCCUGGAAUCAGGAAGCUGUCGCUGGGGCAGGCGCAGGCCCCGGAGUCUUCUGCUGGAGAGAGAGAAACCGACUGGGGUGCAGGGGCUUGGCCUGGAAACGGGUGGGCACCUCGCCAGCCCCGGCCCACACAUUUUGUGGCCUUGAUGGUGACAGAGCCUGGGCUCCAGGCAGAAGUGGCCAAAGCCCAAGCGCACCUGGUCCAAGUUGCCCCUUCCUGUGCCCCGUUCCUGAUCCCCACAGAGGCCCUGCACUUGACGGUGGCCUUACUGCGGCUGACGGGCCCUGGGGAGGAGGCGGCAGCAGCCGCAGCUUUGAGAAGGGCCCUCUUGGCCCCAGGACUUCAGAUACCCUCCCGGCUACAGUUUAGGGACCUUGUUCUGCUGGGACAUCAUGUGCUCUGUGCCCUACCUUCCCCCACACUAGAAGGCAUGUCCCAAGCUCUGAGUCAGAGGCUAGAGGCUGAAGGGCUUCAAGUGCUGCAGCCCCCUAGGGGGCUACACCCCCAUCUCACACUGGCCAAGGUGCCAUAUGGCUCCGAGGUCUGCAUCCCCGAGCCUGGGUGCACCCUGAACCCAGAGCUAGGGAGCCAGGCCCUAGGGAAACUCUGCCUGUGCCGCAUGGGGCGGGCUGGAGCACUCUACCAGCCCCUGGCGGAGAUCCCUCUGGAGUGACACCUGCGCAGGAGACAGGCCAAGCAGAAUCUACAAGUUUGCUCUCUCUCACUAUUUAAUUUUGGUUUCUUUCAAGCUUUCAAAAUGGUACUCAGUGCUCAAGGAAAGAA